AUGCGAGGAGUGCAGAAGGUGACAAGACAACAUGAAGGUGGUGAAGUCAUCAUGGUGCCCCGUGGAUCAGUUGUUGUGUUUGGGGCGAGGACAGAAAGCUCACGGGGGCAGAGGGUGUCGGUGAAGAUGGAUGUUCGUCAUGUCCGAGUCGAAAUUAGAGCUGCUGUAGUUUCCAAAUGUGAUCGAUGGCGUGAAGGGGGCCUGGAGGUACUUGUGGCCAUUGAGUGUUCAGAUAAGCAGCAGAAGCUGUCGUCGAUGCAGCGGCACAGCCUGUGGCGUGCGCGCUGCCCGCCCGCGGUGGAGGACCGCCUGCGCCAGGUGGCCGAGGGCCGGCAGCGGCUGCUGCUCCUGCGAGAGCCGGGGCCCACCGCCUUCCUCGUGGCCGCGCCCGGCGUGCACAGGAAGCCCCACCAGGUGCUGCUGAAUAACCCGCACACGUGCUCGUGCCCCGUGUUCCGGCGGGAGCGUGACCUGUGCGUGCACAUCUGCUGGGCCCUCGUACGGAAACUCGGCCUGCCGCACAACGACCAGCGCUGCUUCCAGCUAGGUCUUUCAGCGAACGACCUGGAAGCUCUUCUACAGAGAGCAGAGAGCAGCAGAGCCCAGCCGGCGCGGCCGUCAGGGGACUAUGAGGAAGGCAGCUCUUCACCGAGAAGGACUCCCAGGGGCACGGAGGUGUCCCGGAGGCCGGUCACGCCCUCCACCACGUGCCCCAUCUGCAUGGAGACUCUGCUCGAUGUGCGGAAGCCGGUGACGCACUGCCGGCGGGGCUGCGGGCACCUGGUGCAUAUCUGCUGCAUGCGCGUCCUGGCCGCGCACCAGCUGGGCGCCACGGCGCUGCCCGCCGGCCGCGACGCCAACGUCUCCUGCCCUCUCUGCAGAACCAACAAUACUUUAGCUGGUAUUCAGCUGUAG